GUUUAUCGCAACCUAAGUAGUCAUUGGUUUUAGUUUGCAUUUUCAUUGCGCAAAGUGCAAAUCUCAGCAGAAAAAGCAGUUUAUAUCAUGACGUUUUGGAGCCACGUACUGGAUGCCCUGUUGGCACUGGUCCACAUCGUCACCGAUCGACUCCUGGAGUUUGUGCUAGGAUGGUAUCUGGGCGAUCACAAGCGGGUGCCGGGUCCACCGAGUACGGAACAACAAUUGCUGCUCACCAAAAGCGCCGUGGACUUGGCGAAACAGAUACGGGAACGUAAGAUCCGGAGUUACGACAUAGUUAAGGCCUACUGUGAACGAAUCGAGAGUGUGAAUAGGGAUCUAAAUGCCGUGGUGGAUGGUCCAUUUCCGGAGGCCUUGGAUCAGGCACGUGAGAUUGAUAGGAGAUUGGCCAAAAAAGAGUACACCGAUGAGGAUUUCCGGCAUCAGCCCUUCCUGGGAGUGCCCUUCACCACCAAAGAUAGUACCGCUGUGGCUGGAAAACUGCAUACCUUGGGUCUACUAGCCCGGAAAUCGGAACGUUCGUCUACGGAUGCCGAAUGCGUUCGCCUGAUGAAGGAAAGUGGCGCCAUUAUCAUAGCCACCAGCAAUGUUCCGGAGGUGAACAAGUGGAUCGAGUCCAGAAAUAUGCUUAUUGGUGGCACCAACAAUCCCUACGAUCUGCGACGAUCUGUGGGUGGAUCUUCCGGUGGAGAAGCUGCUCUAAUAGCCGCCUGUUGUACUGGUUUUGGCCUGGGCACAGAUAUAGGUGGCUCUAUACGUAUACCAGCCUUCAAUUGCGGAAUCUUCGGACACAAACCUACUUCCGGUGCAGUCAACAUGUCGGGGUGUACUUUCAGGACCGGUAAGGAAAAGGAUACCAUGGUUUGUGCCGGUCCCAUGAGCCGUUCCGCUCGCGACUUAUUGCCCAUGAUGCAGGUGCUCAUGGAACCCUCACUGAAAAGCAAGCUUAAGCUGGAGGAGCAGGUGGACCUGAAGCGGUUGCGUUACUUCUAUGUAUCCUCCAAUGGCAUGGCUCAGUGCAAUCCCAUAAACAAGGAAACGGAACGAGUUAUGUACAAAAUACGUAAACAUUUCGAGAACCUAACUGGCAAAGAUGUGCGUCAUGCUGAUAUACCCAAUACCAAGAUGACCGGCAAAAUGUGGCGCUAUUGGAUGACCCAGGAACCGGCCAACUUUAAUCUUUUAUUGGGCAACGGUGCCGAGCUCAAUCCCUUUAUAGAGCUCUUUAAGAAAAUCCUGGGACAAAGUGAUUAUAGCAUGGCCGCAAUUUAUGGACUAAUUGAUAGUGUUCUGCCGCAGGAAAAGGAGAAACUAAUAAGGGAAGCCACGGCAAAAUGUAAAAAGUCAGUGCAGGAAUUACUCGGCGAUGAUGGAGUACUAUUCUUUCAUAGUUCUCCGAGGACAGCUCCCUACCACUUUUACCCGCUGAUCAAGUUCAAUGACUUCGCCUACUUUAGCCUCUUCAAUGUGCUCCAUUUGCCGGCCACUCAGGUUCCCAUGGGCCUGGACUCGAAGGGAAUGCCUUUGGGCAUCCAAGUGGUCUCCAAUCCUAACAAUGAUCGCCUAUGUCUGGCGGUUGCCGAGGAACUGGAGCGCACGUUUGGCGGAUGGGUGCCUCCAUUUCCCUUAAAACAGUAGAUCCUUUCGAUAUGAUCAAAUAAUUGUUAAACUACUUUAGGUGUCGGUAAGACUGUCGCUUGUGGCCUUUGUUACAGGAAUUUAAUAAAUUGUACCCUCUUUUUAAAAGUU